ACUGAAAAAAACAAUGACCAGAAAGAUAAGGAAGGCAAAAACAAAGCUUAAUUGCCUCUCUCUCUCUCUCUCUCUGUGCACUGAGAUUUCAGAUAAAAGGCAAAAACGAUGGGCUUCAUGACAGGGAGCCCCUGCUAUUUACACCCUCCUCCUCUCUGCCAAUCUCGCUUACCUUCUUCUUCUUCUCAAUCCACUUUCCUCUAUUCUUGCUCAAGAAAUGCAGGGACCAAGAGAAAGAAUGUUGCUCCAAUGGCUUCUCUGCAACGUGAGGAUCCAAAAGACGGCGUCCACUGCAAGAGAAGGGCCAUUCUGUUUGUGGGUAUUUCAAUUCUUCCUUUGUUGCAACUCACGGCCAGAGCUCUUGAACGUGUGGGAGCAAGAAAAGCAGCUCGUGGCCGACGUCAAAUCAGAGAGAAAGCUGAAAACAGAGACUUCAAUCUGAGUAAGGAUGAAAGUGGGCUAAAGAAACAAGAGGAGAACCAAGAAGAAAAGCAAGCACUUCAAAUAGAUGCUCCACCAAAUCCACUUCAAAGUGCUGCUGCACUAAACCCACUUCAAAGAGAUGCUCCACCAAAUCCACUUCAAAGAGAUGUUCCCCCAAAUAAUGUCCUGUCUCUCUUGAAUGGACUUGGAAUAUUUAGUUCUGGCGUGCUUGGUGCUCUCUAUGCAUUGGCUCAGAGAGAAAAGACAGCUCAAAAUGCAGAAAUAGAAUCUAUGAAAUCCCAACUGAAAGAAAAGGAAGCUGCCAUUGUUUCAUCAGAGAAAAACUUUGAAUCAAAGCUACUAAAUGAACAAGAAGAAAGGACCAAGCAACUCAGAAAGGUGAAGGAGGAGCAGCAGUCCUUAUUGAGCCAACUAAAUUCAGCAAACAGUACGAUUACAGGGUUGGGACAGGAGCUGAAAAGAGAGAAAAUAUUGAUUGAGGAGCUUAAAUUUCAAAUUCAGAGUCUUGAAACCAGCAUUUCAAUGGCUAGGGAUGAUAAAAAGGCACUUGAAGAGAAUUUGAAGGAAAGACUUUAUUCAAUUACAGUCUUACAAGAAAGGAGCAAUUUACUCAGUUUAGAGCUCAAGGAUAAAGAAGAGAAUGUUCGGAGUCUUAGCUCUUCUCUUGCUGAAAAGGAACUAGAGUUGAACAACUUGAAUUUUAUCUACAAGCAAACUAAGGAUGACCUAGCGAGAGCACAUUCUCAAAUCCAGAAAUUGGAACUUGAAUACCUGAAAACUCGGAAGGAAUUAGAAUCAACAAAUUCUACAGUGGAUGAAUUAAAUUCAAGAGCAAGUUCUUUAACUUUUGAUAGAGACGAGUCUAAGAGGAAGUUGGAUGUGAUUCAGGAGGAAUACGAUGAUCUAAGGUUAUCUUCUGAGAAGAAGGCGGCUUUGAAUGCUAAGCUUUUGGGAGAAAAAGAAGAGGAACUUCAGCAGCUAAAGCAAAAACUUGAGCAUGCUGUCAAUGAAGUGAGUGGAAACCAAGCAAUAAUUUCUGAUUUGACCCAAGAAAGGGAUAACUUAAGAAAAAUGUUGGAUAUAGAAUUGAGAAAGGUAAAACAUCUGAAACAUGAACUCCAGAGCACUAAGGAAAGUCUUGGAAAAUCAACAGAUGAGGUGUCUGAUCUGACAAAUCAACUGCAGCAGGCCAGAGAGUUGUGCACAGAGCUCGAAGGUGAGAUCUCCAGGGUUCAGACACGGUUUGUUGAAGUUAGAGAGUCAAAUCAGAGGAGCCUUGAUGAGGCAAAACUAAGUAAUGAAAUGCUGGCCGGUGAGCUUGCAGCUGUGAAGGAAUGUCUGACGAAAAAGGAGGAGGAGCUGCAAAUUGCGUCCCAUGAGCUGGCAGGCAUGGUAGAAAAUCGUGAUAGCCUACAGAAGGAACUGGUUGAUUUGUAUAAAAAAGCAGAAACUGCAGCCAGUGAUUUAAUAGAAGAAAAAAAGGCAGUUUCUUCCUUAAACAAAGCAGUUCAAGCUUGGGAGAAACGAAUCUUGAAGGAAAAAGAGGCCCGGAAAUCUCUCGAAAAAUUCCUGGAGGAGGCUACCAAAUCACUUGAUGAGAUGAACCGAAAAUCUUUGAUUCUUUCAGGAGAGCUAGAGAAGGCAAAUUCUCAAAUUUCCAGCCUUGAAGAUGGAAAAGAGGUGCUUUACAAGUCUCUUGCAGAGCAAAAGAAUAUAUCGAAAGAGGCCCGAGAAAACUUGGAAGAUGCACAUAACCUUGUCAUGAGAGUUCGCAAGGAAAGAGAAAGUUUGGAGAAGCGGGCAAAUAAACUGGAGGAGGGAUUGGCAUCUGCCAAGGGUGAAAUAUUGCGGCUAAAGAGUCAAAUAAAUUCUUCAAAGUCUCUUGUAAAUAAUCAGCAACAGCAACCAAAGCAAGGGGAAGCUGAAGGCACUGUCACUGUCACUCCAAGGAGAAAUAGUAGGAGGAAAAAGGCCAGUUCCCAGUAAGGCAGUGCACUAGUAUCUUCUUCAUAGUAAUCCUUUUCUCCCCCCAUCUUUAAAUGUGCAUGUAUCCUCAGAUGUGAGUUUAUCUUGAGCUCUGUUCUUCUCAGGCUAGUAAAUUUUUUUUUUUGGGAAAAUUUUCCACUGUACAAAUAUGACGAUGAGAGAUGAUAUAAAUUGAGUAUAUAAGCAUGCUUUCAAUUGUA